CCUCUUCCUCUGCACCCACAAGUUCCCAGAGCCAACCGGCAUGUUCUGUUCAUAAACUCCGCAAAGACACACGCGUCUCGGAACCUCCAGGUCCGGUGCUCAGAGUAAUGUCUCAGUAGUCCCCGGCUUUGAAGGCGAUAACAGCGGAAACAGACGCCGGUGGCCGCUUUCGAUCAGGUUGUUUGUGAAGAAGAAGAGGCGGAAUCCCCCGAACAGCCGGUCCAAACCAAAACAAUGCCUCAUAAACACAAGUCCAAGUCGUGGGCGGCGCUGAAACAAGCCGGGAACGAGUGCUUCAAGACGGGUCAGUACGGAGACGCCGCGGGUCUUUACAGCCAGGCCAUCAAAGAGCUGGAGAGGUCCGGUAAGAAGAACACGGAGGAUUUGUCCAUUUUGUACUCAAACCGUGCAGCCAGCUACCUGAAGGACGGCAACUGUGUGGAAUGUGUGAAGGACUGCGAUACCUCUCUGGACUUGUCCCCGUUCAACAUGAAGUCUUUGCUCCGACGUGCGGCAGCGUACGAAGCCCUGGAGCGCUACCGCCACGCCUACAUCGACUACAAGACGGUCCUGCAGAUCGACUGCAACGUGGCGUCGGCUCACGACGGCACCAACAGGAUGACGAAGGCGCUCACAGAGGCGGACGGUCCGUCGUGGAGAGAGAAACUCCCUCCCAUCCCCACCGUCCCCCUCUCCGUGAGGGAAAAGUUCGCCCAAAAAGCUGCAGGCGACGCCACGCAGCCGAAAGCCACGCAGCCGAAAGCUACGCAGCCGAAAGCUAUGCCGCAGCAGAACGGCAUCAAGCAAACAGGCAAACCCGCUCCGAGUGACAAAGACAUAAAGAAAGCUCAGGCUCUGAAGGAAGAAGGCAACUCUCUGGUGAAGAAAGGAGAGCACAAGAAGGCCAUCGAGAAGUACAGCCAGAGCCUGAAGCACAACCCCAGCGAGGUGACGACGUACACCAACCGGGCGCUGUGCUACCUGUCAGUGAAGCAGUACAAGGAUGCCGUCAGAGACUGCACCGAGGCUCUGAGGAUGGACGGCAGCAACGUGAAGGCUCUGUACAGGAGGGCGCAGGCUCACCGGGAGCUCAAAGACGCCCGGGCCUGCGUGGACGACCUGAACAGCCUGCUGACGGUGGAACCAAAGAACUCGGCCGCCCUGAAGCUGCUGCAGGAGGUGCAGAAGAAGAACUGAGAGCAGGUCUGAGGCUCGGUUCAGAGCUGAGCUCGCUGCUGAAACCUCAGCUCUGGCUGGUAAAAACAGGGUGGAGUCAGGGAAGGUGUUGUAAUUUAACAGAUUGUCACUUUCAGUCAUUAUUUAUGGUUAUUUAUAGAAGCUAAAAUCAAGGACAACUUCUGAUAAUCAACCAUCUUUAUUAUCACCAGGUCAGAGUUCAGCCACCAUCUUUUAGAGGAAACAAGUUUAGGACAGACCGUGUUGCAUUCUGGGUCAGAAGUUAAAACGAGUUCAACAAAUGGAUGUGAUGUUUUUAACUUCAUCAGCUGAUGAUCCUUUGAAGGGUCCAGAAAUGACUAAACGAGCCAAAGAAACGCCUAAAAGAAAACUCGUAAUAAAACUGAAGCUCUGAGCAGAACUCGUCUUAUCUGACCUAAAAUGAUCAACCUGAAAACAUCUGGGAGCAGUUCUGUUUUUAAAUGAGUAAAAAGAGGUAACGCUUUAUUUCGCAACGAUUAGAAUCUUAAAUAUUAUUUUAAAAAUAGAUUUCUUUCAAUUUAAAGAGAAAAUGAGCACUAAAUCAGUGUGAUUUCAAAAUAAAAGCACAGCAGGGAAAAAGCAAAGUUGUUUUACAAUGAAAGUUCAGGAAGGUUCAUUCAGUGUUUUAUUUACAAAUUAACAUUUUUCACUUGUUUACCACUCAGGUAGUUUUUUUUUCAUUUGUCAUUUUAUUUGUGUAUUUUUCAAUCUUGGCUCAUUCAGUUAGUUUUUCCAUAUCAGCUUUAUUCUGGAGGUUUUUAAAUGUUUCUGUGCAGUUUGGAAGAAGCAGUGUUGUUUCAAACAGAUGUUUGUUGGUUCUGCUGUGGGUUUGUCUCCUCCUCAUUUACCUAAAAUCUGUCACAAUCCCCGUCUUACCCAAAGUGCCUGCCUUUAUGUUCUCCUGCUGCUGCUUUGGAUUUGUUUCUGCAAGAAUUCAAAUAAAAUGUGCGCCUCCAGA